GUGUGUGUGUGUGUGUGUGUGUGUUUGCAGUGGGACCUGGUGUGUGACAACAGGUGGAAGAACCCCUUGACUUCAUCCCUCUUCUUCUGUGGUGUCCUCGCUGGCUCCUUCAUUUCGGGACAGCUGUCUGACAGGUACGGGAGAAAGAUCCUGCUGUUUGUUACGAUGGCGGUGCAGACGCUGUUCACGUUGCUCCAGGUCUUCCCGUCGUGGCCCGUGUUCUGCGCCAUGUUCUUCGUGGUCGGGUUGGGACAGAUCUCCAACUACGUGGCUGCGUUCGUGCUGGGGACGGAGAUACUGGGCCCUCGCGUGCGGACGGUCUUCUCUACAGCCGGCGUGAGUCUGUUCUUCGCCGCCGGCUACAUGCUGCUGCCGCUGUUUGCGUACUUCCUCAGGGACUGGAGGAAGCUCCUCCUCGGCCUCGCGCUGCCCGGCUUCCUCUACGUGGCUCUCUGGUGGUACAUCCCCGAGUCUCCUCGCUGGCUGCUCUCACAGGGACGAGUGGAGGAGGCCGAGGACAUCCUGAGAGCCGCCGCCAAGAGGAACGGCAUCGAGCCCCCGCCGGUCAUCUUCGCCGCUGUGCAGAGAGAACUUCAAUGCGAGAGGAGGAAGGCCCACAACAUCUGUGACCUGCUUCGCUCCGGAAACAUCCGCUGGAUCUCUCUCACGCUGUGGCUGGUCUGGAACACCGUGGCCAUCGCUUACUUUGCUCUCUCGCUGAACACGGCGAACCUCCACGGCGACGCGUACCUCAACUCGUUUGUGUCGGCGCUGGUGGAGAUGCCGGCCUACAUGCUGUCCUGGGCCAUGUUCCGCUGGUGCUCGAGACGACUCAGUCUUUUCUCAACCUUCUUCAUGGGGGGAGUGUUUCUACUCUUCAUAAAGCUCAUACCAGAACACAUGGUGCACUUCGCCAUGACGCUGGAGAUGUUGGGGAAGUUUGCCGUGACGGCCGCGUUUGCGAUAGUCUACGCCUACACGGCUGAGAUCUACCCGACGGUGGUGAGGAACACGGCGCUGGGCGCCUGCUCCAUGGCCUCCAGGAUCGGCAGCGUCAUCGCCCCGUACUUCAUUUACUUAAGAAGCUAUUCCGACUCGCUGCCUUACAUCCUGAUGGGAAGCCUCACAGCUCUGUCGGGGUUGCUGAGUCUCCUGCUGCCCGAGAGCUACGGAAUGCCGCUGCCCGACACCAUCGCUCACAUGCAGCACUUCCCCGGAUGUUGCAGGAAGAAACCGUACUCUCUCGCACACAGCGAGGAAAAGAGAAACGCUGCCGGCAGGAAGUCUUCAGUUCUCCUCUGAACGAGGGUGAACAACCGGAGGAAGAACAUCCACCGCUCGGCCGUGUUUCUGCUCAGUGGGGCCGUUAUAAUGAGUCAAGAGGAUUCUUUCUUUCUAGAUUUGUGUUGUCUGCAUCUGGACUGAGCAGCAUAACUGUCAUUGCAACAAUGUAAUGUGCGUCUUGGAGUCAUCAUUUCUCUAUUGCAUUAAACUCUAUCUUUAAAAUCUGCAUUAAACAUUAACAACAGCAAUACAAUUGUUCCCAUAUUCACACGACCCUGAUGUUCACUCUUCUAACGAUUUAAAUGAUUUAAAUAUGUUAUGGGACAUCUUUAAAUCACAUUGAACGCCUGCAUAUUUCAUACUUUAGUUGAUUGAAAUGGUAUUUACAUAUUUAUGGUGUGAGGUAACAAGCACACACUGCAUUGUUUGUCCGUGCAGUAGAAUUGAUACGAGUGAAACUAGAGUUAAUUAUGCGGCAGCAAUGAAUGAGUAGCAUUUUAUGACGAUCAGAGUCGACUUUCAGAAAGCGCAGCAGGUUUUGAAGGUUCUCUUCUUGUGGCAAACAAGCACCUGAUGCUGUUGUGACAAAAGACAAAAAAAAGGCAAACGUGUGGUUUUCAGAAUUACAGAAAUAAAAUGUGCAACGUGUGAAA